AAAAUACAUAAAUAAAUUAAAAACAUAAUAAAAAUAUAUAAUGUAUCAUUUUUAAUUUUAAAAAAGAAAAACUUAAAAACUCUUAAGUAUAUAAGAGAAAUAAUUCUUUACAAAUUUUAAACAUUAUUAGUAUUUUAUCAGCCAGAUGAAUACAGUUGACAAAACUAGUGAUUCUACUGAAAAUAUAAAUGGACAUAAAGUACAUAAUGUGGAAGAAAUUCAAAUACCUGUACCAUGGGGUUAUUUAAGCGGCAAAUGGUGGGGUCCUAAAGGGAUCCAACCAAUAGUGGCUCUGCAUGGACGUCAAGAUAAUGCUGGCAGUUUUGACACUUUGAUUCCUUUAUUAUGUGAUGAGAUUUCAGUACUUUGUUUGGAUAUGCCUGGUCAUGGUUUAUCUUCCCAUUAUCCAAAAAGUCAAUACUAUUAUGUUUACUGGGAUGGUAUUAUUCUACUUCGUAGAAUUGUAAAAUAUUUCAAAUGGAAGAAGGUCAAAUUACUUGGACAUUCCUUAGGAGGGGCAAUAUCAUUUUUAUAUGCUGCAUUUUAUCCUGAUGAAGUGGAAUUCAUGAUAAGUUUAGAUAUUGCAAGUCCUAGUGUAAAAGAUGUGACAAAAAAUGUUGCUAUACUUAGUGAUAGUAUUGACAAAUUUUUAAAGUAUGAAUUGCUACAAUCUGAUAGUAUUCCAUCCUAUAGUUAUGAUGAAGUGCUUAGCAUUGUUGAAGAUGCUUAUAAAGGUUCCAUAACUAGAGAAAGUGCCAUAAUAUUAAUGAAACGUGGUUUGCGACCUGCCAAUGAAUCCGAACGAUACUAUUUUUCACGUGAUCCGCGAUUAAAGGUUUCUGCAUUGGGUACAAUAUCUUUAGAUAUGGUACUUGUAUAUGCAACUCGGAUAAAGUGUGCUUACCUUAAUAUUCGUGCUAUACCUGGAUUGAAACUUGAUUAUCCUGAAUCUUAUGAUAAAGUUUUAGAUCAAAUAAAAAUAGGUGCUAAAAAAUUUGAAUAUCAUAAAGUAGAGGGAACUCAUCAUGUACAUUUAAAUUAUCCUGAAAAAAUUGCACCUAUAAUUAACAGUUUUAUAAGUACUUAAUGAUAAGCAAAGUUUAGAUGUAAACUGAUAGGGGUAAGAUAGCAAGUGUUAAAUUAGAAAAAUUAGUUUUUUGCAAGUUAUAUUAAAUGUAUAUAGAAAUAUUUAAUUUAAACAUAUAAUUAUUUUAGUACAUCUAUACAUUCUGUAUGUAUUGUGUACAAACAAUGAAAAUGUAUU